GCUCGGAUUGAUUGCGUCGGUCGUAUCGAGUGAAAAAUACCGAAAAGAAAGCUAAUUUCGCGUUGUGGUCCCGGAAAAAGAUGAUAAAUCCAUUGCCGAACAGUUUAGUGACGAUUCUUGCCAACCGCUAGAGGCCGUGCGUCGCGAGUUUGUGGCCUCCGUGCGAAAACCAUGUCCGAUUUCAAUCCGAGAGAGCCAAUUCGUUUGUCAGACAUUGACAAUUUGCUCGAGGAUAGCAUAUUCAACUCUUCCAAUGGGGCCAAGCUUGCCGAGUAUCUCAAGAAGAAGCGAGGCGGCGGCGGUCGCGUUCGAUUACACAACAUUUUCGAACAAGUUGCAGCUAAUAUGCCGAAACCGACUUUCAACUUUGACAUGGACUCAUCCGAACCCAAUCCGUUGCCGGAUUCACCUCAGAUAGCGGAGCAGUCGGAACCGGGACCGGUCCCGACUACCAGUGCAGGGCCGGUUCAAAAUGGAAAUGUUAUUGUUGAAGCGCUGGCUUCUGCUCCGCCAACUGAACCUCCUGUGGUAGUGGCCGUUCCGGACGCAAGACCGGCAUCUCCAAAAACAAUUGGUAAAUCUCCCGGUCCUUUGGCUAAUCUCGGUCGUCAAGCGCUGCUGAACCAAUACCAUCGAACCAACAUGGCCAAAUGUGAAUUGCUUAAGCAGAUCACUUCAAGCACACCGAAACCGGAGGCCAAUGGUUCAAUGAGUCGCAUAUCUGCUUUCACCACGUCGAUCUCACCUAUUAUUGAAAGCAGUUCAUCUCCCGUCACAGUAGCUCAACAAGUCGCAGCGCCACAACCGGUGGUAAAUCCAACUCCAAUUUCAUCGAUCUUACCGGUUGAAUCGGUUCCACCGACACAACAGGUCCUGGCUCCUUGUUCGCAGGCUCCACCGACAAGCACUCCUCAGAAGGUAGUUAUCAUUGGCACUCCGGUGGAACCUGGUCCGCCCGCGCCCGAUAUGGUUAUACCAGAAACUCCUAGUCCCGUUAAAAUAUCUAGCGAUUCUCCUAAAGUUGCUCACCAAAUCCAGCCUCGGAAACUCACCGAUACGUUUAACCAACUUCAAAAUGAUAUGGCCAACGCUUCCAAUGAAAACGAAAAUAUUACUUCUGAUGAGAGUGGAUCAAUCGAGGAGGAACACCCGGUAGUGCCAAAAGUAGCCCAUGUCCCACCUGUGGAGACCAGCAUCAUGCGGAAAAGCAUUCUUAAAGAUGCCGAUGCAUCCUCGCUAAAUAGGAGAGUUUCGCUUCGGGUGUCUUUCUCCCAGCAGCUAGUCCAGGAACGAGAGAUUUCACCAGCACCGUCCAUACCGGAAGCACAUUAUUCUAGUUCGUCGGAUGAUGAUGAUGAUGAUGACAGCUCGGAUUCCAGCGAUGAAGAGUACCAAGUUGUAGAUGAGGUAUACAGCGAUGACGGAGCAGAAUGCGAUCCCAAUGAUAUUCAUGAAAAUUACCAAGAAUUGAUUGGAAGCAGGGAAUGUUUGGACAAGCAAGUGCUAGAAAUUCCCGAACGAAUACCAUCGCCACUGAUAAACGUAGUCGACGAAGCUCCCGUCCGGUGGUAUGAAACAACGACUCCUCGGGUACAGAAAAACAAUGACGGAUUGGCAUUGGCACCUGUAACAUGUGCAAAGGAAAAUAAGACCAAUCUGCAGCUUGUGGAUAUCAUAACGGACUGGGAUGAAGAAGAUGACGAUGAAGAAGAGGAAGAGAGAGACAAAGAGGAAGAGAGAUAUGAAGUGCAAGAGAGAGAUAAAGAGGAGGAGAGAGAUAAACAGGAGGAGGGAGAUAAAGAGGAGGAACAGCAAAAGUCUCCGGAAAAGGAACCAUCAGCGAUGGAGAUUCCGGAAACACAACGCUUGACUCAACACACCAACGAAACCAUAUGCGAAACUAUGGACAUAACCAAUGUGGAAGAUUCGGCGGAGCGAUUGGUAGAACUGCCUCCUCCACUUGUGAGUUUCAACGGUUCCGCACAGGAGGAGCCACAACUUGGUACGCCAGAGCGACCACUUACGCCACCAUCCCAGUUCACUGAUUCUGCCAAAAAACGAUUUUUGCGGGAAAACGAUGAAGCACUGCUCUCACGGUUGCAGAAUGAACUCCCGGUUUCUCAACAGGAGGAAGUAUCUCCAGGUACACCGGAAUUGGUGUCCGACACGUUGGUAGAAAUACUCCAUUCGUUCCGCGAUCAACCUGUGCCAAAACCUAUCGCUGACGAAUGCCGAAAAACAGUAGUCCCUGCAAGAAGGGGCCGUCGCACAAAAUCCGCCGUCGAUCCAGCUACCACAACUUAUUUCGAGACUGUCGAAAAAACAUUCGUUAAACCAAUAGCACCUACGAAUAAAUCUGUUCCAGUCAAGCCUUUGACAACGGCUCAGAAAAGAAAGUUAUAUGCCACUACAAAACAGACUAAAUCACCGGAGCGGCUGACACGUAAUUCGGUUGAUCGGUUAACAUCCAGAAUUAGGAACUUAAACAUUGUAAUUCGUAGGCUAGAGGUAGAUAUAUUUCUGCAGAGAUUGACCGAUGCCGAUCGGGCGAUCUUAGAAGGAACCACAAAAGCACCAAGAAAAAAACCGAUGCCCAAUCUAAAAAAAGGCAAAAAGAUUUCCAAAAAGAAUAGGAUAGCGAUUGAAAAUGGCAACGGCCAAGAACCACAAUUGGAAGCAUCGGAAGGUGGUACCGG